AUGGACGGCGGCGAAGUACUCGUGGCUCAAGCCGAGACGGGCUGCGGCCACACCCUCGAGGUGGCCGCCGCCGACUCUGUCAUCGGUCUCAAGACGGUCCUCUCCGAGGUAACCGGCCUGGACGUCGGCUGCCAGAUCCUGCUGCUCGAGGGGGAGCGGCUGGAGAACGACGCUUCGCUCGGCGAGUACGGCCUGCCGGCCUCAAGCGGCGCCCGCUCCCGCCCGGUCUUCCUCUUCAACCGCCGCUCGCUCAACCGCUCCGCGCCGCUGCCCGACCCGCCCGGUCUGGCUCCGGCCGAGGCGCUCGUCCCGGAGGGCCUGCCCGAGGAGCUGCUGAGCGAGCGCUACGCCCAGUUCCAGGCCUCGUAUGAGGAGACGACGGCGCUGCAGCAGCAGCUCGUCGCGUCGUUCGACGCCGACCUCGCCGCCCUGCGGGGCGCGCCGCUCGACGACGCGAUCGCGGAGCUGGAGGGGUGGGGGGCGGGUGUGAGCCUGCUGCACUGCUGCGGCGAGGAGCGGCUCCGCUCGUGGCUCUCCGAGUGCCAGCACAACGCCGACCACCUCACCGCCAAGGCGGCUCAGUUUGCGCUCCAGUGGUCCGAACUCUGGCGUGAGCUGCAGGCGGGGAUCGCCCUCGAGGAGGAGGCGCCCGAGACGCACGCGCCGCCCUCCUCGGCGGAGCUGCGGCUGCGCACCACCUCCACGCUGCUGCAGCAGGGCGACUCCGUCCUCACCGAGCUCAGCCGCGACGCACUUCGCGUCUCCCGCCUCGUCGACGAGCAGACGCAGGAGUGCGCCGCGCUCGAGACGCUGCACGAGAGGCACCUUCAGGUGCUGCUGCCGCAGAUGCGAUCGCUGGACGCGUCGCUGCGCGGGGCGCAGGAGGAGGCCGGGGCGACGCGCGGGGCGAUGCACACCAAGGUCUUCCAGCGGCUGCGCGCGAUCUCGGCGCUCCAGUCGCAGAUCGCCGAGCUGCGCAACAAGUUGCACCUGUACACCUCGCUCCUCGCCCGCGUGCGUGUGUACUGCGACCAGCUGCUGCUCAUGCGCGGGACGGACCUGCGCCGGCUGCCCAUCACGUACGAGGCGUGCUUGCGCGAGGCGCUCGCCGCCGCGCGCGAGAGCGAGGUAGCGCGGCGCGACGCCUUCAUGUCCGAGCAUGGCUCGCUGCUGCCUCGCAACCUGCGUGCCUUCUCCGCCCUGCUGCACGCGCGGCCCGCCUACAUCGAGGUCAACUCGAGAGAGGGGCAUGCCGGCGUGCGGGAGAGAGGCAGCGCCGCCGCCGCGCCGAGCGGAGUACGCGCGGGCAGCUCCGAGGCACUGGCUGGCUCCGAGGCGGUCGUUGUGGAGGCGCCCGCGGCGGACGCCGGCCACGCCCACCCGCCGCCCUCGACAAGCGCGAUCGCCGACGCUGCGCCUUCGCCGGACGCGUCUCUCGAGCGCAGCCCUCCUGCAGUCUGCCCCGAGCCCGCCGCCGGCUCGAUUGCGGUGGCGUCGGUCGCCGCCGCCGCCGUGGCGUCGGCUCGCGCUCUCGCGGCGCAGCAGCUGGCGCUCGCCGAUGACGGCGCCGAGGGAGCCUCGCCUGAGGCCCGCGCGUCCGGCAGCGGCGGCGAGGAGGGGGCGGCUGCGGAGGCGGCGCCCGAGGGGAUCGCGCGGUCGACCUCGGACGAGGGUGCGAGCCGCGCGCGCGACGAGGGGCGCCUGCCGAUCCAGCGCUCCCUCUCGGCGCAGUCCGCUCUCAACCGCGCCGGGCGGAGGAGGCGGGCCCGCGCCGACGGGCAAGGCGCCUUCCCCGCGCUCGCGUCGACGCCGCUCGCGGCGCUCGACCUGUCCGGCCGCUUCUACAACAGGGACGUCAGCGGCGAGCGCGACGUCGCCUACGCGGCCGCCGCCCUCGACGCGCUCGGCACUCCGAUGGAGGGGCUGCCGAUUGCCGCCGCCUCGCAGCUGCAGCGGCGCGUCACCGCGCAGGAGAGCGUCGCCGCGUCCCUUCGCCGGCGCGAGCAACUCUCAGACGGAGGCACGCCGGUGACCCUCGCCCUCACGGUGAGCGGCGGCGGCGUGGCGGAGGACCCCCCGACGGCGCAGCUGGCGUGCCGGCGGGUGCUCUCCUCCGAGCUCGAGGAGCUCGAGGCGUCGCACGAGGCGGUGUGGCAGGCGCACUGCACCCUCUCCUCCGCCGUGCGGCUCUACGCGGCGGCAAAGGGUGCGGCGGAGCGGCUCGUCUCGUCGGCGCGGCAGGCGGCGCACGCAAACGCACGGCUCGGCCACGUGAUGGCGACGGAGAGGGAGGCGCACCGCGCCGCGGUCGCGCUCGCGGGCCGCCGCCUCUCAUACCUCUCGGCAGACGCGAACGCGCGGCUGCUCUUUGCGGCGCAGCCGCCGCGCCACGCCCCGGCGGCUGGCGUCUCGUUUGGGGCGCUCAUGCUGCCAGCGCUGCCGUCGGGGCUGCCCACGCACUGGCUGUCCCGCGAGUCGACGCAGUCGCUCCGCCGGUGGUGCGAGGAGGAGGAGGUUCCCCUCGCCGCCCUCCGCUGCGUGGUCGGCCGCGUCGUGGCGGGCGACUCGUACUUUGUCGUCCACGCGGAGAUGGUGCUGCCCCACCGGUGGGUCGUCAUGUGA